AGGACAUGAAUGGUUACGAGGAGGGAGAUUUUUGAGGUAUCAAGCCCUCCUCCUUGACACCCCUGAUGUAACUAACCCUCAGGUUGUGUCAAGGUUUCAACCUAGUUACUCUAUUACCCGAGGAAGGCAAGCAGGGGCUUCCAAUCUAUACCUGUGUGGAUAUUACAGAACAAAUGUAUUCAAGCCGGCCUCAUUUAAAGAACAAAACUUUGUCCAACCCAGAGGCUGAAUGGCCUCCAGACAGAAGGAGCUUUAUGUAUGAGGGAACCAGAAAAACCAAGUAGGCUAUUAUCAGCCAAUAGGGUAUGACCGAGGCAAAAGACUUCAGCACAAAAGCCCAAACUAAUUGCUUUAAUCCGAGCGCUACAACUACGUAAAGAGUUAAGUAUAUAUACUGCUUCUAAAUAUGGAUUCUUAAUACUUCAUGCUCAUGCAGCCAUCUGCAAAGAACGGGGACUAUUAAAUUCAAAAGGCUCCCCUAUAAAACACAAAGAGAAAAUGUUUAACAUGAUUAGGGGCUAUACGGCUUCGUUAGGAGAUGGCAGCUGUGUACUGUAAAGGACACCAAACAGACCAAACCACGAUGAGUAAAGGAAACAAUUUUGUGGAUAGACUAGCAAGAGUGGCGGCAAGGAAGGAAGAGCUUGCUACACGGGUCUUAGCUCUAAUUCCAGAAAACUCCUCUGCAAGAAAUAAGCCCAAACUAUACUCCCUCUGAGGCUCAAUGUGCCUCACAGAGGGAUCUGAAAUGGAUUCAAAGGGAAGGUAUAUAUUGAAUAACAUGUAUGUACUCCCCAAGGCAUCGCAAUGGAAAAUAAUUAAGCCUUCUUCCGCCACUCCCGGUGCUGCUUGUGUGCUCGCUCGGUGUGGACACAGUACCUCUUGGGGGAAGCGGCAGCUGAGGGGACGCCGGCGCUCUCCAUGGCCAACGAAAAGCCCAAGCAAGAAGUCACGACUAAGAACAAUGAUCAUAUUAAUUUGAAGGUGGCAGGGCAGGAUGGUUCUGUGGUGUACUUUAAGAUUAAGAGGCAUACGCUACUCAGUAAACUGAUGAAAGCCUACUGUGAUCGGCAGGGUUUGUCAAUGAGGCAGGUCAGGUUCCGAUUCGAUGGGCACCCGAUCAAGGAAACGGACACACCUGCACAGCUGGAAAUGGAGGACGAAGACACAAUUGAUGUGUUCCAGCAGCAGACAGGGGGUGGCUACUAAACAGGGAUCCUGCCACUUUACUCUAGAACUCGGUUCCUCCAGACCAAGAAGAUAGGCUCAAUUAGAAAACCACAAUUCGGUUCUACCACAUCAUGACUACUACAGUACAGCUUUCUCUGUUCCUUCAUUGUCCUUUCCCCGUUCCUUUAUUGUACAUAGAGCAACUGUGUAUAUGCACAACCACAUUGCAUUUGUUUUUAACUAAACGGUCAAUGGUAUGUUUUGAGUGACAUCAAGUGGGGAAAAAUACUGGUUCCGUGAAAAUAUCCCUUUUCUCCAUUAGUAGCAUGCUCCUUCAGCUCUUAUCUUUAUAUUCGAGUAAGUUGUUUUGCUCUCGUGGUUUAACAAAAAAAGAACAACAUAAAAAUCUUUGCCCACGAUCAUGCGAUCGAAGAAUUUUAAUGCCCUUUAUUUGUGAUUGUGAAAGCAGUGAUAAUUUUAUAACUUUUUUGUAUGUAGGUAUUACAUGUAGGGCAAUCUGUCUCUAAGUAAGGAUAAACUACUCUAAAAGAAAUGGAUCCUAGGGGCGCCUGGGUGGCUCAGUGGGUUGAGCU